AUGUCAGGAAUCAGACUGAUAAGCGAGUCCACCUAUGUCUUCCUCAACCUCACGGACAACACACUGGAUGAUGUUGACGAAUCCCUGCGGCUGGACAAGCAAUUGAAGCUCGAUCCUCAUUCUGCGCGCUACGGGCUUGGUGCUCUUGAGAAGCUUCCACUCGGGAUUCUCCACCCCACCCUCCUUGCGCUGGACAUACGGUCCAUGACGGAAUUCCAUCCUCGCGCACGGCCCGCCGCCCUUCGCGGCAGCCUCAACCACGAAACCGCGCGGGAUUUCUCCUGCCAAGCGCUGUACGAGACACUCUCCACCGCCGAGUGUGACGGGUGCGGCGAUUUCGGCGGCUACCUCUACUUGCUCGCCUGUCGCCGCGUGUGUUUCCUGUGCCUCACCGAGAAGACCGACUACCUCCCCCUGUCCCGGAAGGAUGUGAUUCGCCAAUUCGGGCUGGACCCGACUCAUCUAGCGCGUCUGCCUCACAUGAAGAGCUUCCCGGGCCAAUACUCGCCUCGAUGGAUCAAAUGUCGACGCCGUGAGACCUUGUUCGAUCAUGGCUCCGCACGAGAAGCGGGGAUCGCUGUCCAUGGGACAGCCGAGGCGAUGGAAAGGUACGCGUUGGAGAUGAUCUCCAAGCAACUCGAGGCUUACAAUUCGCGACUAUCUGUGCGUCAAACGAGUCAGAGGCCCGGGCGGCCCCCCAGAUCUGCAGAUGCCUUCGAUGGGCAUUGUUCCAAUCCCAAGCGUUUCGUGGGGAUCAUACGUGCGCCAUUCUUCAGCCGCAAUACGCUAUCCCCCGAAUGGGGUUUUCACUUCCUGGCUUGCAAAGCCCAUCAUUAUCGUCGGCCGCUUCACUGGCGUCGGAAGUAUACUAUCGAGAGUUGCCGAGACCAUACCAGAGAAUUUGGGGAAGUGGUGGGGGGGAAGCACGUCCGGUGA